AGCCACUAAAGUCUGUAUUCCAUGUAAAGAAAUAUUCAUAUUUAAAUAUUGGACAAAUUAGUUUUUGCAGUUUUUCUAAAGAAUGUAUCAGUAACACAAUCAGUAAAAGAAUUGUGGUUUUGAAAUUUGUAAUCAAGUCUUCGUGAAAAUGGGGAAUAAACAUUGCAGUUGCAUAUCGUCGUCCAGUUCCUCAAAGACAUCUAAGAGUAAGCAGAAACAUCACGGUAACCUUCAAAAUUCUCAUGGUCAUGCACAUGUUACCCCAAGUGAUGGGAACGCUUCGACGUUGCAACAUAUCAGCGACAGAGAACAACUAGAUGAUGUUGAAAUCCCCACACCAUCCGAUCACCCAAAGGUUAAAACCAUAUUCCUCGAUAAAUCCAAUUCAGAAAGUCAAGAUAAGCGACUGAGUGUUCAUAAUUCGACCUCGCCCAGUUCAAAUACUCACAAGCGUAGGAGCUCAUGCUCAACGAUAUAUAUUGAUGACAGCACUGUCAGUCAACCAAACAUUAAAGCGUCAAUAAAAUGUGUUGCAUUAGCUGUGUUUUAUCACAUCAAGCACAGAGGAGAGGAACAUAAAGAGACUCCAGAUAUUUUUGAUGAAAAGCUGUAUCCUUUAACAAAAGAACCUGUCCCGCAUAACUAUGGUAGUGUUGAACCUGAUCAUCGACAGAUUUACAGAUUUAUUCGGACAUUGUUCAGUGCAGCUCAAUUGGCCGCAGAAUGUUCAAUUGUAACUCUUAUUUAUGUGGAAAGAUUACUCACAUAUGCUGAAAUACAGAUUUGCCCUGCCAACUGGAAACGAAUUUUGUUAGGUGCCAUCUUACUUGCUUCCAAAGUAUGGGAUGAUCAGGCUGUAUGGAAUGUGGAUUAUUGUCAAAUUAUGAAAGAUAUUUCUGUUGAAGAUAUGAAUGCAAUGGAACGACAGUUUUUGGAGCUGCUUAAUUUCAAUAUAAAUGUCCCAAGCAGUGUUUACGCAAAGUAUUACUUUGACCUGCGUUCGUUGGCUGAUUCAAACAAUUUAUCCUUUCCUUGUGAACCACUGAGCAAAGAGCGAGCGCGGAAACUAGAAGCAACAUCCAAUUCGUGUCAAAACAAAUUCCGUGACACUAAUCCCACAAUCCGUCGAUCGCACAGUGCUGAUCAAUUAACCAACACACUUAACAACAGUAUUGUGAUUUCUUAGCAGGAAAAAUCACACGUGGGGUAUUUAUGAAGCACCACAUACUCGGAAAGUAAGUUCAAAUUUUUCUAACUAGAUAAAAGUUCUUUCGAAAAAAUUUGCCAAAUUUAUGGUAAAUUUAAUUCAUGUUUGAAGUGAAUGAAAUAUCAUAUGUCUUUUCUGUAAUAUUCUGAAAUGAUUUUGAACUAUAAAAGAAUUCGUGUUUUAGUGUUAUAACACGAACUAUGAAACUGUAUACAUUUUAACUUUUUUUUUAUUUAUUCAACUUUCUGGGCGAAAAGUUGAUAAAUCUAUCGUAGUACUUUUCCAUCACACUGUUCUGUAUAAGUAUGCACUAUCAAGCAACACAAUGUUAUGUUGCAAUAGACGUUUUGCAUUAAAUCAUCGGAUUAUGGCUUUUUCUUUACUAUAGAAUAGUGGGGGAAAAUGGGACACCUUUUUAUUCUAUUUUCUGAUCCCAUUUGGUAGUAAACAAAGAACAUUCAAAGAAUUAUAAAACCUUACCAUAACGACUUCCAUAGACCGUUGUUAUUUGUUUAAAACACGUUCAUAAUAUUCGGAUAUUAUGCGCCAAAAGUGUCCCGUCUUACCCCACAGUACUAUAUUGGUUAAAUACUAUUAUACUAGGCAGCAGUUAAACAGCUGCAAGUAUUUUUCUGAGCAGUGUUUUCCUUCAAAUUUGCUGCACGAAAACUACGAAACUGUCUUGUAAUACUGAAUUUUAUGAUUCAAUGUUUCGCAUAUCUUUUGUGACGGGCAGUCACGGUUCUUUGUUUUUAUGAAUUCGAGUUUUAUCGACUUAGACGCACGUAUGGCACCUUUGGCACGCAUUUUUUUUACAACAAUUUUCGUCGAAUAAAUCACUGAUAUAAUUUUGAA